CCAGAGUAUAUUUAUAAAUGUUUAUUCUUUUAAUCAAACUAUUGUCUCUCAUUUAUUUGUUUUCAUUUAAGGUAGACUGUAUGCUUUGAAUUCUCAUUGUUAGUUUAAAUACUACAUUUUCUCACUUUUUCAUGUAUACACCGAGAUUUCACAAAAUGUUUGGUCAUGGAAAUUUGGUUUAAAGUCAUGGUUCAUACACAUUUUGACCAAUUGAUUUCCAUGACUUUGUGUCCCACAUAGAUGCAGGGCCAGUCCCCACCAGCACCAAUCCGAUUCACCAAGAAGUCAGCAGCAGAUGAAGAGGGUGAUGAAGGAGAGGAGCAGGAAGAAGAUGGAGUAGCAGCAGCACAGGACAUUAUGGACCUACUGCCCAGAACAGAUAUCGGUGACAAGAUUACGUCCGAUCUGCUGUCUAAAAUUAGUGAUAAGAACUGGAAGAUCAGGAAGGAGGGUCUGGAUGAGACUGCAGCCAUCAUCUCGGAGGCCAAGUUGAUCACAGCCAACAUCGGAGACCUGCCUCUGGCCCUGAAAGCCCGACUCAGCGACUCCAACAAGAUCCUGGUCCAGCAGACUCUUGCUAUCCUGCAGCAGAUGUCUACACCCAUGGGACCUGGACUCAAGCAGCAUGUUAAAGCAUUGGGAUUCCCUGUUAUCACCGUACUGGGAGAUAGCAAGUCUAACGUAAGGGCGGCUGCAAUGACCACUCUGCAGGCCUGGGUGGAGCAGACUGGGAUGAAGGAGUGGCUGGAGGGAGAAGAUUUGUCAGAGGAGCUAAAAAGGGAGAAUCCCUUCCUACGACAGGAGGUGCUCGGCUGGUUAGCAGAGAAGCUGCCGACCCUGAGGACGGUACCGGGGGACUUGAUGUCGUGUGUCCCUCAGCUCUACGCCUGCCUGGAGGACAGAAACGGAGAUGUGAGGAAGAAAGCUCAGGAUGCCCUGCCUACCUUCAUGAUGCACCUGGGCUACGAGAAAAUGGACAAGGCUGCUGGGAAGCUCAAAACUGCCUCCAAAGAUCAGGUAGUAGGCAUGUUGGAGAAGGCCAGAGCUGUGAUGCCAGCUAAACCUGCUGCCCCUGCCAAAGCUGGAGGGGGGAGAGGCUCUGCAGAGCCCAGCAGAGCUGCUUCAGCCUCCAGGCAGCCAGCCAGUGAGGACUUUGUGGAGAGUAAACCUGAAGUCAAGAAGGUCCGAGGAGGAGCGGCCGGGAAGAAGCCUCCCUCCCCUCCAGAAGAACCUGUCCCUCCCCCUUCCAAGGACAAGGACAGUAAUGCUAGUAAAAAGCCCCCCUGCAAAGGGAAAGCUGCUGCUAGCGGUCAACAGGGUGCAGCUGGCAAGAAGCCUGCAGCCAAAAGCCAGAAGGAUGAUGAAGAUAGGUCCGGGCCAAUCUUCGUCCUCAUCCCCAACGCUAAGGAGCAAAGGAUCAAGGAAGAGAAACAACUAAAGGUUUUGAAAUGGAACUUCACCACUCCCCGAGAUGAAUAUUUGGAGCAGCUGAAAACGCAGAUGUCCACCUGCUUUGCCAAGUGGCUACAAGAUGAGCUUUUUCACAUCGACUUCCAGAGACAAGUCAAGGCUAUAGCAGUCAUGAUUGAGAGGUUGGAAAGUGAGAGCGAAGCCACCAUCAGCUGUCUGGACCUGAUUCUCAAGUGGUUCACUCUGCGGUUCUUUGACACCAACACCACAGUCCUGAUGAAGGUGCUGGAGUAUCUGAAGCUGGUGUUUGCCAUGCUGAACACAGAGAACUACCACCUGACUGAGUACGAGGCCAACUCCUUCAUCCCCUACCUCAUACUCAAGGUAGGAGAGUCGAAGGAUGUGGUUCGCAAAGAUGUUCGGGCCAUACUGGCCAUGCUGUGUAAGGUUUACCCAGCAUCCAAGGUCUUCCCUUUCCUCAUGGAUGGAACGAAAUCAAAGAACUCCAAACAGAGAGCUGAAUGUCUGGAGGAGUUGGGUUGUUUGAUAGAGGGCUAUGGGAUGAAUGUAUGCCAGCCAACACCAGCGAAGUCUCUGAAGGAGAUAGCCGUGCACAUAGGCGACAGAGACACAUCUGUUCGCAACGCCGCCCUGAACACUGUGGUGGCUGUCUACAACGUCUGUGGGGACCAAGUCUACAAACUAAUAGGAAAUUUAUCAGAGAAAGACAUGAGCAUGCUGGAGGAGAGAAUCAAGCGUUCAGCCAAGAAGACGAUGGCAGCUCCCGCCAAGCCGAGUGCGCCGGAGAGGUCUCAGAGAGAGCACCCUACGAACCCCAACGCCACCCUCCUCCGCAAGCCUGCACAAGAAGACCCCAACAAACUCAAAAUAAUGUAUCGCACGUAUAGGAUCCAAGCCCGUCAGAACGCCCAGCACAGCGAGUCUUCCCACCCCUCCAUCCCCAAGGAGUUUCAGUUAGACCUGGACAUGAUCGAGAUGGACCAGAGCAGAGUGUGUGAGCUGCCGGACCUUGUCCAACACAAGCUGGACGAGCUGCUGGAGCCCAUCAUGAUCCCUGAACCCAAGAUGCGUUCAGUCUCUCCACACUUUGAUGACCUCCACAACAGCACGGCCUCCACCAUCAACUUUGUCAUCUCUCAGGUGGCUAGCGGUGACAUUAACAACAGCAUACAAGCACUGGCACAGAUCGACGAGGUGUUGCGGCAGGAGGACAAAGCAGAAGUCAUGUCGGGACACAUCGAUCAGUUCCUCAUUGCUACCUUCAUGCAGCUCAGGCUCAUCUACAGCACGCACAUGGCUGAUGAGCGGAUGGACAAGAAGGACAUCAUGAAACUGUACAGCUGCAUCAUCGGAAACAUGCUCUCUUUGUUCUCUAUGGAGUCCCUGGCCCGAGAGGCAUCUAUGGGAGUGUUGAAGGACCUGAUGCACGGUGUGAUAACACUGAUGCUGGACGGCAGAAUGGACAACAUGGAAGACGGAAUGCAGGUCAUCAGAUCAGUCAACCUGCUGGUGAUCAGAGUUAUGGAAAAGUCUGACCAGACCAACAUAUACAGUGCUCUGCUGGUUUUGCUUCAGGACAGUUUGGUCACGAAUGCCUCUCCCAUGUUCUGUGAGCUGGUCUUGAAGUGUCUGUGGAGGGUGAUCCGCUUUCUCCCAGAGACCAUCGACAACAUCAACCUGGAUCGGAUCUUACUGGAUGUCCACAACUUCAUGAAGAUCUUCCCCAAAGAUAAACUCAAACAGCUCAAGAAUGACGUCCCACACAGAACCCUGAAGACUCUGUUACACACACUCUGCAAGCUCAAGGGGGCCAAGAUCCUGGACCACCUAUCAAUGAUAGAGAAUCGUAAUGAGUCCGAGUUGGAGGCCCAUCUGAGGCGGGUGGUCAAACAGCCUGGAAACCUCUCAGGACUCAAGAGUGACCGUGGCAACGAGAAGACCGGUCUGCGUACGGAGGAUCGGAUGUCGAAGGCCAAGGUCAGUGACAUUCUGUCGGAAAUCUUCAAGAAGAUCGGCUCCAAGGAGAACACCAAAGAGGGUUUGACAGAGUUGUACGAGUACAAACAGAAGUACUCGGACGCAGACCUGGAGCCCUUCCUCAAAAACACGUCCCAGUUCUUCCAGAGCUACGUAGAGCGAGGCCUUCGUAUGAUCGAGUCCGAGAGGGAGGGCAAGGCUCGCAUCCAGACCUCAGCAGUGAUCCCUCAGCAUGGUGUGGACUUCAGUCUGAGCAGUAACAAUGAAGAGCUGAAACCAGCCGUUUACUAUGAGAGACUCAAGAUCCUCAGACAGAGACAAGGCCUGGAAAACAACUCCAAGCAGGGUGUCUGUGGCAGCGAGGACGAGCCUCAGCAGCGACCUCCCAUGUCCUCCCUGCUGUCCUCCAAGCCGCCGGUGGCCUCGUCCACCGACAUGCUCCACAGUAAGCUGUCUCAGCUCAAAGAGUCCAGAGAGCUGUACCAGCAGGAACAUAACACACACUCCCAUUCCCCGACGCACACCCGCUCAGCUUCACCGGCGGCCAACCUGGACGACCUGAAGAAACGUCUGGAGAGGAUAAAGAGCAACCGGCAGUAAGGAGCACCACAUCACCUCAUUUCAUCUCAGAGCCUGUGGAGUUCAGCUGGUGGUAGAAAACCCGUUCUGUCUUUCUGUUCAUGUUCUGGUGAACGGAAAUAGGAAGCAGUUCAACAAACCAGGUAGCAGCAGACAAAACACACCCUCAAGUUUGAACCUGACUCCACCCACUGUGCCUGUAAGUUAUCAGACAUCAAACGCACCCUAAUCUGAUAUGUAUGACGUAGAUGAGACCGUUCAGAUUGAGACUGAGGUUUUCAGCCUCGACACACACCGAAAAGAACCCAUCGACGUGUUUUUAUGUACUACUCAAACUUCUGAGUCUAGCAGUAAGCUUUGAUGUUAUUAAUUCUCAGUCUGUACAGAUCCAUCUUGAUGAACAAACUGUCGCUCCCGACCCAGCUUUAUCUUUCAGGGUGCCUCCCACCCUCUACUCUCUCAUGUACACUUUUUAUUCUGAUAAUUAAAUGGUAAACUUCUCUUCUGCUCUGUUUCAAUAUCCCUGCACAAUAUGUUUGUACAUAUUUAAAAGUUGUAACCACUUAACUGUUAUGAAGUGCUUCUCAUGUGGUUUCAGGACAAAACAAAUCUAAAGAAAUGUUUCUUCCUGUUUCACCAUGGUGUACACAGUCGCUGCUGCUAGAUUUAGGAGAGAUGCUAGUAAAGAGCUCAACUUGUAGCUGUCUAAAUGCAGCAUGUGAUCGCCCCCUUGUGGCUGAACACUGUCAUAGUAUCAGUUUGUAAUUCUCAGCACUGGGAGCAUCUGAUGAUUUGGAUUACUUGCAGAAAGUUAA